AUGUACUCAUUCGGGGCUCUAUUGCUACACUUAAUCAGUUCAUUUAGUCACUUGAAUGCUCUGGAAAUGCCGCUGGAUUUGGUGCACGAAACUGUGAAACCGUCAGAUUAUUCACGACACCUUCUAUUCCCAUCACACUCAGAUGGAGUGGUCGAGGUACCGCCGACCGUCGAAGAUGAAUAUGGAUUCGUUCACAGGGGUUCUUCUGCCGAGGAGAAGGAGUAUUCCGAGGAUGAACCAAGCGCAAAGGGCGUCAAGCCGAGCUGGAUAGAGGUGCACAUGGCCCAGCAUGAGCCCAAACAAAAACACCCGAAGCACAACCACGCCCAUAGACAAAUUCAUGCGCACGGCACUGUGCCCUCCAUACGACGUUGUUCAAUCGAGAUCAGCAGCAAAAUACCGGGAAUAUGCCAAUCCAUGGCAUAUGUCAACGGAAACGUCUGUGUUUCGGGCGACUACAUUGAUGCCUUCAACGCUGAAUGCAUGUAA